GAAGAUAACUUUACAAUUAUACAUCAAAAGAAUCAAUUCAACGAUAUAAAAUCAAACGAUCAAACCCAAAGCUUUUGUUGCUUUGUGAUCAAUAAAAGAAAAAUUGAAAAGUGAAAAGAGUCUUUUAUACUUGUGGGAUAAGCGCGCCGUCCCUAGGAGACGCGUUGGUUUUGUUUAUUUGCUGCCGGACGGAAUUGUUAGGAAACGACAGACGGGAUUUCAACGCACAAUACGAUUCUGAACGAAAACAAUAAUAGUAAAGGAAAAGAGGAGAAAAUGGCCCCAGCAACACGAUCACUAAGAAGAGAUAAGGUUGAGAGUUUGGCAGACAGUACAGAGGCGGCAGCGGAUCAGCUUGUUAAUGGGGAUCUAAGCCAUCUGCAAAGGGGUGAUGAUUUGGAUGAAUAUUACUCGAAAAGGGAGGCAGCGAAGAGAGAGAAUGAUGAGAAUUCAAUGCUUGUCAAGACACUGCUCGCCGACUCUGGAUUCUCACAGCGGAAACCAUCAAAGGUGCCAGAUCUAUUACGGUUUCCCUUGGUAGUAGUUCUCAGUUUGAUGGGAAGUGGGUUGGCUUACAGUUUGCGUGCGAAUUAUGUUGAGGCAGAGGAGUUGGGAAGUGUUAGUAGGAGGUAUCAGGGAUGGGAAGAGGCGGCGGGGUUGGUUGCGUGGAGGACUGCGGAAUUGGCAUUAGGUUGGUUUGGUAAUUAUGAUGGGUAUGAUUUUGCGGCUAUGACUUUGUUAUCUCGUGGUCCUCCAUUGUAUCUUCUUAACGCAUUCUAUGAAGUUAGCGUGAAGACUGUUGUGUCAUCUCUUCUGAUCGAUACCCUCACAACCUAUAUUCCAUUCCGAUUGCUUCGACCUCUUUCUCCCGCUCACGCAGACGCCCCAUCUGUACCAAACCGAGACAUCACUUCAGAUAUUCCCGUUCAGAUCAUUACCACACUCCUAGCGGCAUCUAUCUACAGCGUUACUCUCUACGGUGCAUACAUGUCCUACAUGCCAGUUUACUUUGCGACCUAUUUUGAAGGUAUCCCAUCUAUUACUGCCGCUCACACCGCAACACCUACUUCUCUCCUUCCUGUUAUGUUACUUUUAGGCCUCGCAACACGUUCAUUCAUUUUCACCCCGGUCACAGCUACCAAGCCCUCAGACUCGGUACCUCCGCCAUUCAAUCCUGAAACUGCUACGUUGGAAGAGACUAUUCUCUAUAAUUUGUGGGGCUUUUCGAACAAAACUAGAAUCAUUAUCAAGAGAACAGCUACUUUGAUGAUGAUUACGGGUGUUAACACUUUUUUGCAGACGUAUGUUACGAUUGAGGGGGUUGAGGCGCUCGGUGCUGUGGCGUAUUCGGGUAUCUGGGUUGUGGCUGCGGGAAUUUGUGGGGGUGUCUUGGGGUUUGUGGGUGCGGUUUAGGGAGGAGAGCGUGAUGCAGAUUUGAUGGCUUGACGUUGAGAGAAGUCGGAGGCAGGUACAUUAGGGGAGAUGAAGGAGAGAAUUACUGUACAUGGAAGAAGACGCAUACGGAUCUUGUUAUUUCCUCUUUUUUGGGAUUUAUUGAUUUGGCGGAGUAUAGCUGACUGGUUGAAGCGAGACUUUUUUGAUUUGAUCACUGGCUUGAGAUACAGGGGAAUAUGUUCACAUGUUUGCUUAUUGACACGGCGAGAAAGAUUCGGGGAUCAAUCUACUCAUCCCGGGGGAAAUAAUCAUAAACACUUUCAAGUAAUAGUCGGCGGGUGUGAUGAUUUGUUUUACCGUGUUGUAUAGUAUUCUUUAUGGUUUUGAUUUCGUGAAAAGGAGUGCAGAUGAUUUUGAUGGAUGUUGUAUGCCGAUAUCAAGGUUAUUUCUAAAAAUAGAUGCAUGUAUUGAUUCCAACAAAGGAGUCUGGGGUACGUCUAUAUGCCUAUUAUACCAGAAUGAAG